AGUUUGGGCUCGAACUACCUUUUGUUGUCAGCUGGGAGCGACGUCAGGGGCCGCUGCGCUCCGCGAGGUGGUGUCCACAUGUGACCAGCUGAAACUAGUUCUAAGACACAAAGGGAAGCAGAUAGGGAGCGCGGCGGCGGGGCAGCGAGCGCGGCCGAAGGAUUAACCCCGGGAGACCAAGUAGCGCAGCGAAGCGAAGCUCGGCGCCGAGAAUGCAGGUCCACGGGCUCAUCCUUCUCCUGGUGCUGAUCCUCAUGACUGCAGCCUCUGAGGCUGGAAAAAACAAGAAAGACAAGGUAAAGAAGAACAGCUCUGAAUGUGAGGAUUGGCGCUGGGGGCCUUGCACCCCAAACAGCAAAGACUGUGGCGUGGGCUACCGCGAGGGGACCUGCAAGGAGGAGACAAAGAGACUCAAGUGCAAGAUCCCCUGUAACUGGAAGAAGGAGUUUGGAGCCGACUGCAAGUACAAGUUUGAGAGUUGGGGCGGGUGCGAUGCGGCCACAGGUCUGAAGGCCCGUUCGGGCACCCUGAAGAAAGCCCUAUACAAUGCGGAAUGUCAGGAGACCAUCCAAGUGACCAAGCCCUGCUCUCCCAAGUCCAAGUCAAAAUCCAAAGCCAGGAAAGGGAAGGGGAAGGACUAGAAGGCAUGGCCCGACCCUCCUAUCUCCUAGACACGGUGCCUGAACCCAUUUGGACAUCCACCACUCGGAGCUGCAGCACGGUCCCCCUGCUCGGCAAUGUUUUGCCAGAUUCCAUUCUUCCUCCUCCCCCAGCCCCCUGCAACUUCCUCCUUAACUGAGAUGCCUUUUCUAAUCACUAGCUGUGUAGAGACCAAACCCGCCCUUGCCUGAAGGAGGUGCUGUUUACCUUCCCCAGCCCCACUCCGUGCCACUGUCAGGUGCCUUUAUUUGGACCCAGUGUUCGCUUCCCUGCAUCUGUUUUCAACUGUUCAGUGCCAUGUGCGUGGGGAGCUCUGAGCUGGGAGCAGCUG